AUGUCAAGAGUCGGUGUUUUAGUUAUGGGACCGGCAGGUGUUGGUAAGAGUACAUUUUGUAAUUCUAUUAUCUCGCAUAUGCAAACUAUCGGUCGUAGAGCCCAUAUCGUCAAUUUAGAUCCUGCUGCUGAACCAAAUAAGUAUGAAUUCACUGUUGAUAUUAGAGAUUUGAUUUCAUUGGAUGAUGUGAUGGAAGAGCUGGAUUUAGGUCCUAAUGGUGCCUUGAUUUAUUGUUUUGAGUAUCUGAUGAAAAAUCUAGAUUGGUUAGAUGAAGAAAUUGGUGAUUAUAAUGAUGAGUACCUUAUAUUUGAUUGCCCGGGGCAAAUUGAACUAUACACUCACAUCCCUGUAUUACCUAAUAUAGUGCGCCAUUUACAACAACAGUUAAAUUUCAGUUUAUGUGCAACUUAUCUAAUGGAAGCCCCAUUUAUAAUAGACAGCUCGAAAUAUUUUAGUGGAUCUUUGUGUGCUAUGUCAGCUAUGAUUCUAUUAGAAUUGCCUCAUAUUAAUGUUCUAAGUAAACUAGAUUUGAUAAAAGAUGAGUAUAAUCGUAAAAAAUUGAAGAGGUUCUUAAACCCAGAUCCUAUGUUGUUAGCUAAUGAAGUAGAAGAUGUUAAUCCAAAGUUUCAAAAAUUAACCAAGAGUAUUGCAAAUUUAGUGGAUGAUUUUGGUAUGGUUCAAUUUCUUCCAUUAGAAGCUAAUAAUCCAGAUAGUAUAGAAACCAUUUUAUCGUAUAUUGACGAUGUUACACAAUGGGCUGAAAAUCAAGAACAAAAGGAACCAAAUGAUCAAAUUGACAUUGAAGAAAUGUGA